AUGUUUGAUAACUCUAACUACCCCUUCAACUGUUUUAAUUACGAUGGAGACGGAUAUCCCACCUCCAGCACAGACGAAGAGAAGAAAAUGUGUAGACCUGCAUACAGUGUGUGUCUGUGUGUCAGCUACAUAGCUCUGAUAGCCAUGGCCAUCCAGCAGAGCCCCGAGCAGCGGGUCACUCUGUCGGGCAUCUACGAAUUCAUCAUGAAGAGAUUUCCGUACUACCGCUCCAACCAGAGAGCCUGGCAGAACUCCAUCAGACACAACCUGUCUCUCAACAGCUGCUUCAUCAAGGUUCCUCGUACAGAGGGCAAUGAGAAGGGAAAGGGCAACUACUGGACUUUUGCCACCGGCUGUGAAUCGAUGCUCGACCUGUUUGAAAACGGCAACUUUCGGCGUCGCCGGCGCAGGAGGAACAUGAAAAUCGGCUUCCGUGAUUCCAGAGAAACCCCUUUCCACCCUUUGGAAAGCCACAGCAAUCAGCACCUACCCGCAGCUCGGCGGCCAGAACCCGACUCCACCGUCUGCGCUUUGAACCCUGAGAGGCCGAGGUCAGGCCCCCAGCCAAACCACCUCAUCCCAAACCCCACACAGCAUGGGAAACCAGAGUCAGAGAUCAAGUUUAGCAUUGACUACAUCCUAUCCACUCCGGAUCCACCCCUGUCUGGGGUCAGAUCCUCCCACGGCCCCGUUCACAUAGGGCCCACAGGGCCUCCAAUACAUGUCCUGGAGCCCCAACAUCUGAACCUGCACUUCUGGACUCUGUAA